UUUGUAGACCUCGGCACAAAUUCGUCUCCUGUCAUCCAGCGCAGUAGCCAGCAAAAGUGCGUACAAACGAUCGAAAAAGUUUUGAUUUACGGUUGUAAAAAGUGUCGAGCGGUGCUCAAAGUGUUUGAAUUUUCUCGCCCGAAUCCCACCGUGUCGGUUAGCGUCAUUUUGCGACGGUUUUGAGCGUGUUUCGCGAGUGUAUUUUGCAUUUUAGUAAAAGGGGCAAGUGGAAAAGUGAAGAAGAGAUAACGAGCGCGGAGAUUUCCCGUUACAAGGCAGAGAGUAGUUCGUACAAAAAUCAAAAGAAAAGAAAAUCGUUUUCCAGCUUCAGAUUUUCCAAGCAGAAAUUAUCCACGUAGAGUGUUCUAAUUCCGUCACAAAACGUCGCUGGAAGACGGAAUAAUUUCUGUUCGGUUCGUAAAAAAAGCUAAGAAGAAUCGGAGGAGCAGUAAUUUGCUUUAGAAGCAGCGGCCAGCGCCAGUGGGAGUGAAGAUUUUCAUUGUCCGAAAAAAUCGCAAACGUCAUCUCGUUUCUCUUCGGAAGUUUCGGAGAACGGAGAUACCGUCUGUCUGUUCGUUCGGACGGUAGUGAAAGGAACCGGAGCUCAUCCCGGAGGAAGCAACUGGAAUCGAACGCCUGACCAAGAAGGACUUCAGAAAUAUAAUUUGUCUCUGUCGUCCAAAUCGCGGAAACACGUUGACCUGAAAUUGCCAACCGCAACUCAGGUAUCGAAGCCGUCUUACUGCCAGGCAAGCAAAGCAAAGUCAGCCACUAGAUAUCCAGGAAACAUAAGCCGACACUGGGCGCAACAAAUCAAGACUGGUUGAGGUGCGCGACAGGCUUCCACACUUUUUCGCUGAUGAAGAUUCUCUGGCAGCAUGAAUGCAUUGGGGGGAACUAGGGGGGAGCGAAAUGCAAAGCCCAAAUUCGCAGCGUUAGAUAUCAACAAACUCUACAGCACAAGUCGGGGAGAAUCUCUUGAACCAUCAACUCAGAAAAGUGCAGCUCCUCGUAAACAUGGAAUGCAAAGUUUGGGAAAGGUUCCCUCGGCUCGUCGACCGCCAGCAAACCUUCCGUCUCUGAAAGCCGAAAUCUCCAUUCCAUCGGAUCAGCAAGGCACCUGGGGUAGCGAAGCAGGAGACAACCAAAACAACAACUCUAGUAUUACUUCAACAUCAGCAGCACCAUCAGCAGCCGCCGGUAGCAGCACAAAUAACAACGCCACGGUUGGUGCCGGAGGUGUGCACAGCACUUCACACGCCAGCAGUUCACAGAUUCCCCACUCGGGCGCAUCAUCCUCUUCACAAUGGAGUUCGAACGAGUUCCCCUCGCUGGAUGGCACUGGUCAGUAUGGUCCGAGCGGCAAACAGCAGCAUCAUCAUCUCCACGAUGGCACAGACGGCAGAGCGAUGGGUCAGUACAUGGAUGGUCCACAAGUCAGUCUGCGGCCUCAAACGGAUGCUGCGAGUUGGAUGCAGCAACAACAGCAGAGCAGUGGGGGCGGAAACAACGCCGGAGGUAUGAACGGGCCAAACAGCAACCAACAGGGCCAGGGCCCCCAACAGCAACCAGCUGCACCCCUACCGCCUCAGUUCCGGGCACUGAUGCCACCGUUCAUGUAUCGUGGCAACGGAGGCGGAGGUGGAAAUUCUGUAACGCCGCCACCUUCUUCGAACGAGGAUAUCAAUCGUGGCAAUACUGGAGGCGGCAAUGGUGGAAGCAGUGGAGGUGGAAUGCGAAGCAACAACAGCAACAUGGGCUACAACAGCAUGUUGCCAAGCUUUGUGGCUCCUCCAACGAAUCAUCAUCAAUCUCAUGGAUCAAAUUAUUCGCCAACACAGUCGGGUGGUAGAUACCGAGACUCGUAUUCAGGCGGACGCCGUGGACAGAUGCAACCGCCUCGUCUUGCCAACAGGCAACAGCAGCAUCAAAACGAUGAUCAUCGCUCUCAAACGGCUGCUCCAGCUUAUGUUGAACCGGACAUACUUGUGCAGCGACCGAUUAUACGAGAUGAAGAACUUCAACGCAUUGAAGCGAUUGCUAAAGACGAAGGAUGGGCCAAGGAUGAUGAAAUUGAUUAUAACCAGAAAUUACAAUUCUCGGAUGACGAAUUGGAACCAAGUCCCCCAAAAGAAAUUCCAAUGUCCGUUGUUAAGCAAGAGAAAUCCCCUUCACAGAUACAACAGCAACAACAGCAAAUGCAACAGCAACAAUUGCAGCAGCAGCAGUCUCAACAGGAAGAUGACAAACGAAUGGCUUGGAGUCGAGAAGUGGAACGGGAACAAGAGAGGCUUGAACAGGAACAAAUUGAACGUCUUGAUCGUGAGCGCCAGGAAAAAGAAAGAGAGCAGACGAAUAUGCGUCCAGUGCAACAAAAUGGGCAUAUAGGAGGACGAGGCUUAGAUGCGGAAGCGAAGGAAAGAUUGAAGCAACGUCGAGAAGAAGAUCAGAAACGAGAAAUGGAACGGAAACAAGCGGCCGCAAGAAAGCUGCAAGAACUUGAACAAAAGUUAAGUCAGAAGAAGAACGAAGACAACGUUGUUGGUUCUGUUACUUCACCUGCAACUACGAAAGAUGGCGAAGAUCGUGAUCUAGUAGUGGCAGGUUUUAACGAAUCUGGUGAAAGUAAGGAACGCAGCAGUUCAAGUGUUCGUGGCGGAGACCGAGAAAGACUAGAUUCGAAAGAAUAUAGAGACCGCGAUCGAGAUCGUUUUGAAUAUGGACGAUAUGAUAGAGAUUACCGCGAUCGGGACAGAGGAGAGCGGGAUAGGACAGAGCGAGAUAGAACAGAAAGAGCUAGAGGCGAACAGGAUCGUGAGCGUGAUGCUUGGGGUGAAGUACCGCCCUACUCUAAAAAUUUCCAGUCCAAUUUACCGCCACGUUUUCAGAAACGUAAACUUGAACGAAAUCCAUCGGGAAAUAGUUUACAGGGAAGUGGAAGCUACAUUACUAGAGAUCAGAACAUCACUCGCAACAGUAGCACUGCCAAUCAAGGAUCGAUGAUGUCGCAGUCACAACCACAAACUGAGAACAAAAGUGUUCCGUUCGCUCAACAGUAUGAUCCACGAUUCAUCCAUAGCCAACAAAAUUUUGGCAAGAGUCAAUCAUCUAGAAGAGCUGCUCCUGGUGAAGAUAGUUCUCGUGGUCGUGAUCUUAGGGAUCGCGGAGAUGACCGUGACUCGAUGACGAAAGACAGAGAGCAACAACGAGAUCGUGAGAUGAUUCCCAGAGAGAUUAUGAAACGACGUAUCGACUCAGAAGAAGAUGACCGUUUCAGCAGCAGUGGAAGGGAAUCAUCAAGCAAACUCAGCGGUGGUAGAACUACGCCACAGCUGGUCAGAAGUGUAUCUGAUACAUCUCAAAGGAAAACUAGUGUAUCCAGCGAUGAUAACACUCGUCAACUGGACCAUCACCAUCAUCAUAACAGUUCGAGAGAAAUCAUUGGUUCGUGGGAAAGUGAAACGGAGAAAGAAGAUAGACGACAGGCAGAAGCUGCAGCAGCAUUGGCAAAGGAAAACCAAAUGCAACAACUGCAGUUACAGCAGCAGCAGCAACCGGACAGUCGUAGAAUUUCUGAAUCUUCUGAGGGUGAGCCGAAACAAAUUCUUCAAAGGAUCAAAGAAUCCUCACCAGCAUUGGAUGAAAUUUCAAAAGGAAGAAACGACGAAUUAAAAACAAAUGAGCCUAAACUGUUAUCAACAGCUUGGGAAGAAUCAGUAGAAGCCGCUGAAGAAGAAGAACUGAAGGCAUCUGAAGCGAGUUUGACUUCAAUUGACGAUAAAAAGGAUGUGUCUACUUUGGAGGUAACUAAAACCGAUAGUGGAAAAGUAAUCGACCAGGAAAACAAGAUGAGUGUUGAUACUGGAAGGGAAAUGGAUGACAGCAAAUAUGGUUCAAAGAAACCAAUGCACUCAAGAGGAACUGGCAGACAUGAAACACGCGGAGGAGGACAUUCUCGAGGAGGCUUUGCUGGUGGUAGUGGAUUCCAUCGUGGUGGAAGCAGUUCAAGUUGGGGUCGUAGGGGUGGUCCUGGCGGCAACAGGAUGAACCAGGGUCGUAACUACAAUCAAGAUUACUGGAGUGAGUCAGACUAUUCUGAUGAUGGCGACGAAGAAUACAGAAAAGAUGGCAAAUACGAACGAAAGGAUGGAAUGGGUAAUCAAUAUCGAAAUAGCGGUUCAUCAGUUGGGCAGGCUCAAAAUAUGAAAGAAGGGUUUGCUCCACGCGGAGAACCAUCCCGGAGAGGGCGUGGUGGGAUGAGUUCUGCUAUGAGCGGCCCAGGUUUCCGCAAAACUACGGUUGGGAAGAAAAUGGAUGGAUAUGGUCCACCCAGUUCGAAGAGUCCUUUCGGAAGUAGUGAAGAAAAAACAGAAUCAAAAAAUCAAUCUGUGCCGAAAGAUAUGAAGCCAGCAGAUCAAACAUUGAACGCAGACGACCGAACAAAGCAGAAACAAGCUGCUUUGAGUGCUGGGCUUACAAACAAACCUGUCGGAGGUCCGAAGCCACCUACCAGUGGUCCACUGCCUCAAAGAAGCCCUUCUGGAAACAUGAAGCCACCUGGCAAGCCAGCUGAAGAAACCCUUUCUGAUCAAGAAAAAUUAAAAGCUUCCUUGGAAAAGAAAACGCGCAAUGACAGUAAAACAGAAUCUCAUGACGAGAAGUCGAAAGAGAAACCCAGAACUGAAAGUGAAAGUCAUGAUACGGAUGAUGCCAGCAAGGAGAGCUUGAAAACUGGCCAACCUCGACCCAAACAACAGCAACCUCCAGGCAUUAAGUCAGUGCAACCGAGUUCGACGGUACCCGUGGGAAAACCUUCGACAACGAUUGCAAAGCCAAAUACCGUUGUUCCAUCUGGAGCACCAACAACCGCCGGUCCAAAGCCAACAACACCUGCAGCUCAACCUGUCAUGCAACAACCUAAGCCGAAUCAAGAUCCCAGAGGUCAAACAAACAAUCGAUCAAUGAACAUUACACCUCGUAUGGUCAAACCAAAGGAAAGACGUGAGGGUGGCUUCCAGGAUGGACAACAAAGCGGUGGCGAAACCAAUGAGUCUGAAGCAAACGUUGUGGCUAGUUCCCAGCCACAGCCAGUGCAAGAGAAAGUAAACACGUUGAACGUCAACUCUUCCAAGACUGAUAAUAGUAAGCAACAUUUAGAUGGAGCCACGCCACCCGUAAAUACGAUCAUUUUUGAAAAUACCAACUACAAAUCUUCGACAGUCGUUGUUUCCACAGUGCCACAGCACAUGCUUCAGCCACAACAAAUACAGCAACCACUGCAAAUUCAAGUGCAACAGCAACAACCACAAGGUCACGCACCUGCCCAAAUCAAACGGCAACACUCUGGUGGAGCUGCACCAGGUCAAUUGAUUGCACUCCAUCAACAACAGCAACAGCAGCAGCAGCAACAACAACAGCAACAGCAGCUUCAACAUCAACAACAAAUGGUGCAAUUGGUCAAGCAAGAACAUACUGUGCGACAUCCAUCACAGGAAGAAGCAUUCAAGGUCGCAGCUGGUGUCCCACAAUCUGGUUCAAUGCAUGACAUUAUGGAACAACAACAACAACAACAGCAACCCCCACAGAGGCCACAGCCAACAAAUGGUCCGCAACAACCACAGCAACAACAACAAUUGCAGCAAAAUCAAGUACCAUUGCAGCAACAAGUUCCUCAACAGCAACAACCUAGUUCUCAAACCGAUGUUAUUACUAGUGCAUUGCAUAAUAUGUCCUUCCCUAAACCUGCGGAAGCCGACUAUGAUAAAGAAAUGAAACCAUUCACAUUCGACGCUGAUCUUUCCCAACUGAUUGAGGCAAAAAAUAAAGCAGCUGGGCUCUGUCUUCCUAAGGCACAAAAUAUGAUUUCGCCAUCUACGGCAGAGUUGAAUAUGAAGAUUGCUAGUGUGAAAAAAGUAUGGGAGAUGCCUAGUGUCCCGGAACAUGUAACAGAAGAUCCGUCAAGUGCGGCAAAUGCAGCUGCUGCAGCUGUGCAACUGGCAGCCAACUUCGCAGCUGUAAAUUCUCAGCAUCAACAGCAUCUUCAUCAGUUCCAACACUCACACAGCAACUUAACCCAUGCUCACCAGGCCCACACUUUGGCCGCUGCGGCGGCUGCUGGUCAGUCGUACGCAGGAGGUUUCGGACAAGAGCAACAAUCACUUGAUCAACACUACAGCAAGGCCAAUAACGAUAGCGUAGUGAUUGGUGGUACGACAGGAGGCAACGAUGGUGAUAAUAAUUAUAACAACCCACAACACGCAGUUGUCGGUCAAGGAAACAAUGUUCAGCAUCAAUCGGCUGCAAAUAUGAACAUGAAACAUGAUGUUCUAGCCAACAAUGUAAAUGUAUGCAAGGUGAAACCAACGCAACAGAACAUGCAUCAAUCGACAGGCUUAGGACUAUCGCCUCCACCAAUGCAGCAAGGAACUAUUCCAUCCGCGCCCCAGACUUAUUUCCAGCCAUCCCAGUACGGAAUGUCUGCGAUUCCUUCGCCACCAGCGGUGAUUUAUAAUUCGUCAGCAAUGCCUUCUCAAGGUGGGCUCUACAAUGCAUUCCAAAUAGAAGCAGCGGGUCGUUCGCAGUUUUCGCAAUUCCCCGGUCAUUACGGAACUACCGGAACUGGUCCAUACAACGCGUAUAUGACUACGCCUCCAAAUCUGCAAACUGCCCCAACGCCAGACAUGUAUCCGAGUAUUACUUCACAGUUUCGAAUGGGCGGUGCCGUCCAAAGUCCGUACAAUCCUUCUCCGUCGCAACAGAUGAACAAUCCAAGUACAAUGCUGAUCUCUUCGAGCACAAACUCGCUCAUGUCGUCGUCGGUAAAACCGUCAUCCCAACAAAUCGGUGCAAUAGGUUCUAAGAGUGGAUCAGUUGGACAACCUUAUGGCCAACAAUACAUGGGGAUGUUCCAACCCGCUCCACCACUGCAGAACAAUAGCUUCUACUCAAAUUCCGCUGGAGGCCAGAGUGCAUUUUUCAGCGGUGCAGGAGCUACACAAAAUUACGGAAUACCGGCAGCUGCUGCUGGAAUGUUCGGUGGACACGGUGGCCAAACCCCAUCGAACGCUCCGCCUCCGCAACAGCAACUUCCGAACUAUCCCAACGCAUCGCAGUUCUUAAAUUCACCGUUAGCGUUGGCGGCAAACGCUAUUUCUCAGCAAUUCCGCGGAGGGCCCACAACGAAUCCGCAAUCUGCCGCUGCAGCCGCAGCAUACAUGAAAGGAAACCAACCCCAAUCGCAUAUGCAGGAUCCCAAUGGUCGGCAGCUGAAAAGCCCUUUGAAUUCUGAUGCAAUGAAUAAUUUAAAACAGAUUCCACCCCAAGCGAGUCCGCCACAUCAUAAGGGUUACGCAACAGCAUGGGAGAUACAAAAUCAACUGAUUCAACAACAACAGCAGCAGCAAAACCAGCAGUCUAACCAACAGCAGCCACCACAACAGCAAAAUCCACAACAACAUCCCCAACAGCAAAUGAGUCAACCACCGCAGUCUCAGCAGCCCAAUCCAAAUCGAAAUAUGAUGCCCCCCAACCAGCAACCUCCAGCAGGACUGGGAGGUGCCGGUGGGGGUCGUCCUCCACAGGGUGUCCAGGGUGGGGGCAUGCCUCAGCGAUACCCAGCUCCCAUCCAACGACCGACUAACUACUCCCAGGCGCCAGUACCGGGAAUGCAUCAGCAACGGCCCAUUCGUCAGUCAGGCCAUAACCCUGGUCAACAACAACAGGCAAACAUGGCACAGGCAAUGGGCAAUCCCAACAAACAUUACUACGGUGGGAAUCGAGGUGGCGGUCACGUUAACGCGAUGAACGAGCAAAGCCUUGGCGGAAAACCUGGCGGUGGAAAUGAGAAACCAGUGCUCGACGGAGAUGUUAACAAGGAUGAUUCCAAGAAGAAGUAAACGUCAAAUCAAAAAGGAUCUUCAAUGGAGUGUAGAUGAGAAUUGGUUACUUAGAGAAAAGCUAAUAGGGGAAAAGAUGUGAGAUAUUAAAUACAUUUUGGCUGAAACUAAUAGAACUGAGUUCAACUUACUGAAUGAGAGAAAAAGUAUUCAUUUCACAGUUGUAACAGCAGGCGAAAAAAUACAUAAUAGACAAACAAGGUGCGUAGACGAUUCAGAAAUUCAAUGAAACUACACGAAAAAUAUGUAUUAUUGGUAAAUAAAUAAAUACCUAUUUAUUAAAUGAAAUAGUUAAUGGAAAUCAUCGGAAAUUGAUUAGCCACGCAGUAACACACGAAGAAACGAACUGCGACGUUAGCUCUGUUAACACUGAAAUUCACAAUAAUCGCAUUAUACCAUUUAACUCAGCAUCUGAAUACCGAUUGUAAUCAGCAGAACGAUCACAAAUGGAGUGGCGAACUGGUACUAAGUAAUACUGCUACAAUGCUUAACACGCCCCCUGGUAUCAGUGAAAUGGAUCGGUUUGACUGAGUUUCACUAUAAACGCAAAAUAAAACCUUGAACCUACUUAAUUUAUGACAUUAUUCUUGUUUUAUAACCCACAGUAGCUGUUUUCAACGGCAAUGCAUUGAAGCAGGGAAAAAUGUUGCUGAAUUAAUUUCUGAUUAUUUCUUACGGAGAAUGUCAGCAGAUUAAAACAGUGUCCACGUUAUGACGUACGUGAUUCAGUACGGAACUGCAAAGGUAGAUGCGAAAAAGAAAAUAAAACCUAUAAACUAUUCUACAAAGCAUACAAAUUUACAGACUUAUUUGAUCUGCCCGUUAAACAUGUUGACAAAUCUUGAAACUCAACUUAUAAGCAGCAAAACGAGGCAGGAAAUGCAACCGGCAUGGCGAUAGUAAUUACAACAAGCAAAAUGAUUGCUGCUGACACGGCAAAUGGGAUUCGGCGAGAAAAUAUAAACAUAACUGCUACUACUGCUACUUUCAAACGACACUUUGCGUUUGUACGGCUGACCACUUCCAGUUGCGUAUAGCAAUUCUAAUUUGGUAGGAAGUUGAGUCGCUACCUUGAAUGAAAAUCAUCCGUUCUCAGAAACAGAUAUUUUCUGGAAAAUUAAAUCAAUCCUUACAUAACAGAUACCAUAAGAAACACAGAAAAUAUUCGAUGGAAGUAAACAAGUAUGUCUACUCAGAAGACUAUUAGCUUAAUACAAUUAUAAGAGAAUACACAAGAAAUGCUGAAACACAUAAGUAAUUAUUGCAUGAUACAACUACAUAUAAAUAAUAAACAGAAACAAGUUUCAAACGAUUAUAUUAGUAAUUCACUUUAUUAUAAUUAUUCUUAACAUUAACACAAGUACGUGAAAUAUAUUUGAGUAUGAUUAUUAUUUUGCGGUAACUUUUUCGCGUAUUUUGAUCGAAGCAAAUCCAGGUAUAAAAAGGAUCAUCCAAAUGCCUUUGUUCAUUUUUAUUAUAUGAAUAGACGACUAUUACCUACGCAUUAACGAGCCAAACUUUCUAUUAUCGAAUUUGAAAAAAUCAACGCAAAAUCACCACACAUUGAAAGCAUGGACAAGGAGAAGAAGAAGGUAACAGAAAGAAAAAAAAACUGCUAGAAACGCGCUAAAUUGAUAGUUAAAAAAUGGGCUAGGAUGAUUGAUAAGAAUUUAAAUUUGCAGAUCUAAAAGCAAACAUUUUAGUUUAUGUUCAGAGGAAAAAUGUUUUAUUUAUUUUCUAUCUUAAUAUCUAUAAUUCGCUGCUGAAUUAAAACAGAAUGAGAUGAUGUUAGCGGAUAAUUCACACACAUACACACGCAUAUACACAGCAAAACAAAAUGUAUAAGUAAUUCACACUUACACACACAAUUAGAAGGUUGAAUUGACUAGAAAGAAACGAGGAAUGGUUACACAUAUA